AUGUAUCAAGCCUUUCUGGUUGAGACUAAAAAUGAUUUUGAACCUUCUGGGAGUGUGGAGUUAGAAGAGUUUUACGUUGUCACCAAUUACAACAAAGCUUUGGAAUUUGUUGACGGCCUUCGUGCUGAUUCAAAUAUGCUUAUUAGAGAUAUAGAGCCUCAGGAUCGGCCUCAAAAGGCGAGGGUGUUUUUGAUUCUGGAGUCUACAUGUGAUUUGAGCACUGAUUGUCUUGUUAGAGUGUAUUCCAACAGUAGUUGGUUGUCAGAGGAGCUUUUGAAACGAAUUGUUACCGUCAGCAAAACUGGUCAAUAUUCACUGAAGUUCCUUGUUCAAAGGGGAAAGUUCUACUCGCUGCGAGGGGAUUCCUCAAUCUCUUUUAAAAAAUCUCCACCAAUCCCUGGAAUCUCAGGAGUUGCUUGUCAUGUCCAAAGCACUUGUUUUCAAAGCAUCCAAGACUUUGUCAGAUUCGCUGGGACGUCUCCAUUUUUAGAGCCCCUGGAGAAGAUGAUCCAACUACAGGCGCCGCACCGAACGCGAUAUGAGCUCCACCGGCCAAAAUCGCCCACAGAAGACUUGAUACCAAACCCCCCUGAUGAGCAGAUCAUACACAAGACCGUUGAGCUGUCCAUGCCUGCAAUUACUAGAAUCAUUGGAAUUAAAGGCAAAAACAUCAACUUUAUACGCAAGAGCAGUCAGGCCCACGUUAAAGUGUGCAACAUCGAGCGUGCUAUCAGACUGGCACUUCCACGAGCAGUCAUCACUCAACAAUUGCUUCUAACAGGUACUCAGCCACAGGUUAAAAUGGCCGAAAAACAUAUCUUCAAGAUUCUCAAUUCGUAUCGCUCAGGCUCUCAACUUCGCUAA